AUGUCACCUCCUCCAACCAAAGCCAUAGUUCUCAUCUCUGGAAAUGGCAGCAAUCUCCAAGCACUGAUUGAUGCUUCGCAAGGGACCAAUGACUCGGAGAUCACCUUGCCGUAUUUGAAGAUAAUUCGAGUCAUCACAAAUAGAAAGGCGGCGUAUGGAGUUACUCGUGCAGCAGAGGCGGGCAUACCAACAACAUGUCACAAUUUGUUGACGGGAAAAUACCAUAAAAAAGAUGAAAAGGACCCCGCAGUGAUAAAAGCCGCACGAGAAAAGUAUGAUGCGGACCUCGCGGAUCUCGUGAUUUCAGAACAACCUGAUAUUAUUAUCUGUGCUGGCUGGAUGCACAUUCUCGCACCAACAUUCAUUGACCCCCUGACUGCUAAAAAGAUACCAAUCAUAAAUCUUCACCCAGCACUUCCAGGCAAAUAUGAUGGAGCUAAUGCUAUUGGACGGGCUUUCAAUGAUUUCCAACAGGGCAAGUUGGAGAAUAACAAGACGGGCCUCAUGAUUCAUUAUGUGAUCAGUGAAGUUGAUCGUGGAACACCAAUCGUGGUCAAAGAAGUGGAGUGCAAAAGUUCUGAAUCUUUAGAGGAACUUGAGGCGAGAAUGCACGCAGAGGAGCACAGACUUAUUGUUGAGGGAACAGCGAUGGCAAUAAAAGAGCUCUGGGCUCAGAGGAGUAAUUUAAACGCUUGA